GCGAGGCGAACCCUCUUGACGACUAAAAUUUGCUUCCCUGUUUCAGAUCGGUCCGCCGCGAAGAGAACAAGGAGAAGGGAAGGAACCACCGCCGGGUCCGCGGAGGAGGAGAUGGUGGCGUGCGCGGCAGUGAGCGUGCCCGGUUCGUCUCCGGCGGCGGCGACGGUGAGGGAUCACCUCCGCGAGGGAAUGCGGCGAUCGCGGUCGGCACCGCAACUCCGGUGCUCCUUGGCCGUAACCCGCGCUGCCGCCCCGGCGUCGCUGAAGAGCAGCCGAUCGAUCGGCGUGUUCCCCUUCGGAUCCAUCGUCACCAACUCGAUCCGGUCAUUCCUGUUCGAGGAGGAGGAGGCGGGAGGCGGCAUGAGGGUGGAGCCGGCGGAUGAUAGUGACGAGGAGGCGGUGUCGGGUUUGGAUGAGGAGGACAGAAUCAGGCAGGAGGAGCGAGCCAAUUGGGUGGCGCGGAUCUCGGAGCUGAGGCGGCGGUGGAGGGAUCGGCAACACAAGCACGAGGAGGAGGGAGCCGAGGAAGAGGAUGGGUACUGUGGGGUGAGUUACGACACGGACGAGGAGGUGGGAGGGCAACGGGACGAGUGGGAUCGGGAAUCGUUCGCCAGGUUGUUGGGGCGAGUCCCGUGGUCGGAGGCGGAGCUCUUCUCCCAGCUGGCGUACCUCUGUUACAUGGCUUACGAGAUCCCCGAUAUCAAGGCGACGGAGCUGUGGGAGGAGUCCGAGCUUGGAUUCGUGACCUCGUCCUUGGAGAAGAAAUCGCAGGCCGCGAUCAGGGCACAGCACGAGAGCGACCCGCGAGCGGCUCCUGGAUUCGCUACCUCGACGGGGGCCCAGCUCAACAACCAUUCGUGCCGGCCGUCCCUGGCCUACGAGAUCGCGGCCUCCGCCGCCUCCUAUAUCCAUUCCCGCGCCAAGGGCCUGCUUUCCCUCGGCAGUGGAGCUGCCUCCGCCGAGAUCGCGGCCUCCGCCGCCGUCGCGUCGGGUCCCUACAGAUGUGGUUACAAGAACCCCGAGGUGGCGGCGUACGUGGCGGCGUCGACCAUGACGGCGGUGGUGGCGGCGGAAGAGGAGGCGAGGCAGGAGGCGGCCAAGGAUCUCCGCUCCCUCCAUUCCUCCCCGUGCGAGUGGUUCGUGUGCGAUCACGACAGCACGUGCACUCGCUGCUUCGUGAUCCAGGGAUCCGACUCGCUGGCUUCUUGGCAAGCAAAUCUACUCUUUGAGCCCAUCAAAUUCGAGGAGAUGGAGGUUCUGGUGCACCGGGGAAUCUACGAAGCGGCUAAGGGCAUCUACGAGCAAUUCUUGCCGGAAAUCAAAGAGCAUCUCAGUCGGCACGGCGACAGGGCCAGGCUGCGGUUCACCGGCCAUUCGCUGGGGGGAAGCCUCUGCCUCCUCGUGGGCCUGAUGCUGCUGGCUCGAGGCGACGUCAGGCUCCGCCAACUCCUCCCCGUCGUCACGUUCGGGUCACCGUCCGUGUUCUGCGGGGGGCAGCGGGUCCUGGAGGAGCUGGGGUUGGACGAGGGGUUCGUCCGCUCCGUAAUGAUGCACCGCGACAUCGUCCCCAGGGCCUUCUCCUGCAAUUACCCCAACCACGUCGCCCAUGUCCUCAAGCGCCUCAACGCGGCCUUUCGCUCCCACCCUUGCCUUAACAAUCAGAAGGUUCUGUAUUCUCCACUGGGCCAGAUUUACAUCCUCCAGCCCGAUGACAAGUCUUCGCCUUUCCACCCGCUACUCCCUCCGGAAGCCGCUCUCUACGCGUUGGACGGGAAGAACGACGCGGGAGGGAGCUCACCGAGAGGUACGACCGCAAGCGCGCUGCGAGCCUUCAUCAACUCACCACAUCCGUUGGAGACCCUGAGCGACCCCAUGGCGUACGGUUCGGAAGGCACCAUCCUCCGUGACCACGAUUGCAGGAAUUACGUCAAGGCGAUCAACGGCUUGCUGCGGCAGCACACCAAGUCAGCGAGGCGGAGGUCGAGGAAGCACCGGCGCAACCGAUGGUGGCCACGUCUCCCCGUCCCCGCAAACGGAGCCCUACCUGCUCAUUCAUAAUCCGCUCUUGGAGAAGCCAGCUUUGUUAACUGACAACGUGGCUGCUGGGCUUUGAGGACAUCGCUCUAUAUAUAGUAUGUAUGUAUAUAGCGAGGGUUGCUCGUACGGAGAUGGAGUGCUUCGGAUUUGCUCCUCCCAAUUGUUUUCUGGAGUCCUUUUGACCCAUAUGUAUCGUUAAUGCAAAUAAUUGUAUAUGGUUUGGGAUGCA